UGCCUGGCUCGCUCGCUCGCUCGUAUCUUCAUCCGUGCCACCGUUGUGCGACUCAGGGGCGGAGCUGCGGCCACCCCAAAAACAAUCUACGGCCAUCCCAAAAAAAAAUUACAGCCUUCCUCUCCCCCUCCUUCAGAAUCAGAUUCACAGAUCACAACAAGCGGCCGCCUCUGCCUGACUGUCUCCGUGGCCGUUCGUCGCUCUCGCCUCUCUGUUCGCCGCAACUUCAUCUGUCGCGUUGCUGCUUUGUUCAAAAGUCAAGCUCCGCCAUUGGUCCGACUGUCCUUCGCUUCCGGCGUCAGCUCAUCUCAUCCCACUGCAGUGAACCACCACCACCAAAGGCGCAGAAAGCUUGAAAUGAGUAUUACGGAAAAUCCAAAGAAAACUAGUGCUCCCCCAAUUGUUAAGUUGAACAAGGCCUUGAAAUUGGCUGAGGCAUGGGUAAAUAAUAUGAGCAAAUCUGCAGAUGAUGAAACAACAAAUGUGGAUAUGGAGGGUCGACCUCAAAGGCUUGGUCUAGGUGCAAAAGUUUCACGACAAUCCAAAGUAGGGCCUUCAAAUGACCCUGUUGAAAGGAAAUUGUAUGCCAAAUUGGAUGCUGAAAAAAGAAAAGCAGCCAAUAUUGCUAAAGAGUCUUCAAUUGCAAGCGACAAUUUAGAUGACGAUGAAGACGAUGAAGAUGAAAGCAGAACUAAUGCUUUUGGCAAGAGGAAAGUGAAAGCUCCUUUGACCCCAAAUAUACUGGGAAAUAAGAAGCAGAAGUAACACUAAUAUGAGCCAUUUUUUAUAUGUAAGGCUUUGUUGGCAUGUUGGCUUCAACAAUGUAUACAUUUUAUUUUAAUUUAUUGAAGUCAUUAGGCAUUUCAUUUUAUUUUGUUA